AUGCAGCUCCGGCGAAUCCCUCUCUUCCGCUUGCGGGACACCUCAUUGUGUGCUCUCUAUCGUCUCUACGAAGAUCUCUGCUCCAAUGAUCUAAUUAUGAUGGGCUAUGAGUGCGAGUACUUCUUCUUCCACAAAGAACCCUCUUGGCGACUUUCGCCGAUUCCCGAUCCGAAAGACAGUGACCCUGUCAGAUACGCCGUACUCGCGAGUCUGGUUGAAGCGCUUGUUGACGCGUUUAACUGGCGAUUGAAACUGGGACUGCGACGGGAUAAAUCAAUCGACGAGUCCGAGCAAAGAGACAUCAAUUUCCAACCCGAAGAACCUCCCGCCUGGACGGCAGCAGUUCAGCCUUUGAAGGAAACCUUAGAUCUCAACAAAUUUGCCGACCGAGGGAAUCCCCAUAAAUCCUUCCUGAAGAGGAACAUUCACGCUCCAAUGGGGUAUUUGUACACGGUGUGA